UAGGUAACGUGUGUCGCUCCUAAUUUAGGUAGAUAAAUAAGUGUUAAGGAUGUCUAAUUUAAGCGGCUAUGAUAGCGAAGCGGUAGGAUUCGACUCGAGAAGCACGAAUAAGCGCUCGGAAACCACCAGUUCUACGCAGACCACAGAGUUUGGGGAAACCGGCACCGGGUGCCAAACUAAUUUGUCCAAAGAUUCGGGAUGCGUUGUCACCCCUGAAGAUUUGAACGCGCACGCUACGCUUCAUGAAUACCCCCCUCCAGGUCUGAAUCAGUUCUUAAGGCGAGUUGUGCCUACUAUGUUAGAGCAAUUAGACCAACGCGAUCAAGAGUUUUUCUCAUCUGAUUCCGAUGAAGAAGAUGUCGCUACAGCUAAACUGUUUCAAGAAAUCAAAGUAAAUACAGACACGCCGCACGGCGCCGGUGACCAUCAGAGCUCCAGAGUCCUCGAUCUUAGUUUCAGCAGCGCAGGUAACUCUCUAGCUGUAUCUGUAGGAAAAUCUCAGCAUGAAGAAUGGUGUGAGCACUCUGGUUUGAUUCGGAUUUAUACAGCCAAGCGCUCUGCUAAUGACAACUUUGUUCACCUCUUAGAUAUUACUGAGAAAAACUGCGUAAGCGUGCUUAAAUAUCAUCACAGCAUGCCGAUUUUAGCUUAUGGAACAAGCUCUGGAGAAGUAGUUUUCUGCAGCAGUAAAUUAGGCUCUAAUACAGUUGAAGAAAAUGUACAAUUGACUUCCCCUGCUGGCUGCCACGGUUCUAAACGGGUCUCUUUCCUUAUGUGGGCGGACUCUACUCUUACCAACACAUAUUUGACCAUGCAUGUAGUGAAUACUGGUAAACGCAGAUGCGGCUCCGACCAGAUCUUAAUUUCUUCAGGCAGCGAUGGAACUAUAAACGUAUGGCAGGUGAAUGCGAAUCCAGGAAAGUUCGAGAACAUUUACUGCUACAGCGUCAACGGUUCUCGUAAGAUGGCGACGCCUGACAUCACCUGCUUCGAUUUCGUGAAAACUUAUCCGCUCAGACCGUGGGAUGAGAAGAUUUCUGACGACAUAUUCGCUGUUGGAACGAAAUGUGGGAAGCUGUUCUUGUGUAAGAUAAAGUCAUUUCAGGCGAUUGCGGAUAGCACGAUGGUUGACCCUGUGUUCGAGGUGCUAGAAGGACACAAGACCUGCGUUUUGAGCGUGGUGUUCAGCCCGCAGAAGCCGGGGGUAUUCCUGUCUGUCUCUAUGGAUUCGGAGCUGAGAUUGUACCACGUCAAUCAACUCAGUCCUUUAAAGAUAAUUUGCCUGGACGUGCCAGUGACGUGCGCAGCGUGGGUGCCCGGCGCGCCCACAGCGGUAGUGUGCGGAGCCGCCGACGCCGACAGUACCGUGUGGGACGUGGCUCGAAACAGGGCGGCUUGCGUUCUCCGUGGAGACGCGCUGUGCGUCGCAGUCACACACGCGGGGACUACUCGCGUGGCGGCAGGCGACGCCGGCGGCAACGUGCGUAUAUGGGACUUACCACCGAGGAAGAGAUUAGCAGAAGACUUGCUGUUCUAAGUUCUAUACAACGUGGAUUUAUGACGUCGCUUUGGUGUGGCAAAAUGGCCAAGUAUAUGUGACAAUCCAUUUUAAAAGGGACCUUAUGGCGGUCGUUUACGUCGCGUAGUGGUAUUGGCGCGUCGCUAAUGGUAAGCGCCGACAACCAUAAGGUCCCUUUAGAUUUGGAUUGUCACAUACUGGAACAUAUCCUUAUUUCUAUGGUAACAAUGGUCAGACCAAGCUAAGUUGGCAACGAUUUUGACAGCCCAGCCUGUUCAAGUGUUAAGUAAACGUCAUAAUUUAAUUGACUUUUUCAUCACACUUGCUCGAAAAGCCGACAACCAUAAGGUCCCUUUAGAUUUGGAUUGUCAGAUAUUGGAACAUAUCCUUAUUUCUAUGGUACCUAACAAUGGUCAGACCAAGCUAAGUUGGCAACGAUUUAGAUAGCCCAGCCUGUUCAAGUGUUAAGUAAACGUCAUAAUUUAAUAGACUUUUUCAUCACACUUGCUCGAAAAAGAUCUUAUUUCAUUCAGGUGUACUGAAGGACAAGUGCCUAUUUUGUUCCCUAGGGAGUUCUACCUUUUUUUUUUGUAUGCCACUUAUUCAUACAAACUAAGUAGCAUAAAUGAUUUUUACUUUUAAAAUACUGACGUGUAUAAUUUAAUAUUUUUAGUUUAUUUUUAAAAUUAUUUAAUUUGAUUAAUUUAACAGCCGUUUAAAAUAUUUUUACAUAAUUUUCAAUCCUGGCUGAAUACCGAAUAGGUCUGUGCCUUCGAUGCCUAACCUGUCAAGAAAUUACAAAAUGGCGGACGAAUGUUUUAUAAGUCACCGUAUUUAAGAAUUAUUUCGCUUAAAAUUUUGUUUUUUCUUCGCAAGUGUGAUGAAAAACAUUGUGGACGGAUAAUUACCGCCCUCGUAUCCAAUAUUUUACUUCUCCCCAUUUUGCAAACAAUGUACUAUUGUCGUGAUGUCUGGGCUAUCAAAAUCGCUGCCAACUUAUCUUGGUCCUUGGUCUGACUCUAUGUCACGACGUAUUUGGCCAUAUUCACCGUCACUGUCUGUUUGAUGUUGAUUUAACUACUAUACAAUAUGAAUAACUAACCUUUUGAACGCCAAGAACACCUCUUAGACAACAGAAGCGAUGAUUAAUUUUUUAAGUGUUUCGGUGGUUGCUAUUCCUCAAGCCACCAACGGGGCGGCAGCUGACUUCCACGAGUGUUCAUCAUACAUAGCCGUUAACCACUAUACGAGUUAUCGCCCGGGAGGCGAUUGUUCAUGGCCUUUUCUAAUAUAUGGCACUGUCCUUUCGGCUAUUUAGGGUUGACAAAAUUCAAGUCAUUACCAUAUCUGUGGUCGUGCACGUAUAGGGACGUCAAGUUUUGCCAACCCUAAUGCUAGAAGCAAUGCUGAGCCGAACGAAACCGACAAAGCCCGAACGCUCUAGCACAGAAUAAAUAAUAGUAGGUACUACACCGUACAGAACUGACACUUUCUACAAAACCGAAGUUGGGCAGCGAUUCAGGGUCGAAUUAUGCUGUCCCUUUCUAAUAUAUGGCACUGUCCCUUUCGGCCAUUUAGGGUUGUCAAAAUUCAAGUCUGUGGUCGUGCACGUAUAGGGACGUCAAGUUUUGCCAACCUUAAUGCUUGGAGCAAUGCUGAGCCGAACGGAGCCGACAACGCCCGAACGCUCUAGUUUCCUCCCCCGCCUAUAGUACGCUGUCAAAGUAACCUUGACACUUUCAAGUAAGGUUUACGUUAGCUCGCUUGCGCCCGGGACCUUGGCGGGUUAGUGACGUUUUUGUUCGGUAAAGCUUUCUAAGGGUUGAUUGAACACAUCAUGAUGAUCAUGACCUCAUGCGUGUUGUAUUAAUUAGAAACUAUAUGUUGUUAUUAUAAUUAAAAGCUAUUAAAUUUUAAUAA